AUUAUUACCUUAGCAAGGCGGCAGGUUUCUGCUAAGUUUGGAGUCACUCAAUAACAAACUGCAUGUCAGCAAACCAUAGGAACUAACCAGCAUCACCGGCUCUUAUCACAAGGAGUCUGCAUGUCUAGACAAUAGCCAUGCUCAGCUUUGUGGAUAUACGGAUACUGCUGCUGCUUGCAGUAACUUCAUACCUAGUAACAUGUCAAAAUGAGGGCCCCAGAGGACACAAAGGUCCAGAGGGAGAUCAGGGACUUCCUGGCAGAGAUGGCGCAGAUGGACUACCCGGCCCACCAGGCCCCCCUGGACCCCCUGGACUUGGCGGAAAUUUUGCUGCUCAAUACGACCCAUCCAAAGCAGGUGGUGGUGAUAUGGGGGCACAGGGUAUAAUGGGACCAAGAGGCCCUCCAGGACCAUCCGGACCCCCUGGUUCUCAAGGUUUUCAAGGAAAUGCUGGAGAGCCUGGCGAACCUGGUCAAACUGGACCACUAGGCUCCAGAGGCCCUGUUGGACCCGCAGGAAAACAAGGUGAAGAUGGUCACCCUGGCAAGCCCGGAAGACCUGGUGAGAGAGGCACAGUUGGCGUUCAGGGUGCUCGCGGUUUCCCCGGAACUCCUGGUCUCCCCGGAUUCAAAGGCAUUAGAGGACACUCUGGUGAUAACGGUCAAAAGGGAUCUACCGGUGCAAUUGGUGUCAAGGGUGAAAAUGGUGCUAACGGUGAAAACGGUUCUCCAGGCCAGGCUGGUGCUCGUGGUCUCCCUGGUGAGAGAGGUCGCAUUGGAGCCUCCGGCCCAGCUGGUGCUCGCGGUAGUGAUGGCAGCUCUGGCCCAGUUGGUCCAGCUGGUCCAAUCGGUUCUGGUGGUGCUCCUGGUCUUCCCGGUGCUCCUGGUGCUAAAGGCGAAGUAGGAUCCUCAGGAAACAAUGGUCCAAUUGGUGCUGCUGGUGGAAGAGGCGAGCCUGGACCCCCUGGUUCUCUGGGACCAGUCGGACCCGCUGGCAAUCCUGGUUCUAAUGGUGUGAAUGGAGCUAAAGGUGCAGCUGGUCUUCCUGGUGUAUCUGGUGCCCCUGGCCUGCCUGGAGCUCGUGGUAUUCCUGGACCUCCUGGUCCUGCUGGUCCAUCUGGUGGUAGAGGUCUUGCUGGAGACCCUGGUGUAGCUGGUGGAAAAGGAGACACUGGAGCUAAGGGCGAGCCUGGUAUUUCUGGUCCUGCUGGUUCUGCUGGUCCUCAUGGAGAAGAAGGAAAGAGAGGACCCAACGGAGAAGCUGGAGCAUCUGGCCCCCCUGGAAGUGCUGGAAUUAGAGGUGUUCCUGGAACUCGUGGUCUGCCUGGACCUGACGGUAGAGCUGGUGGAUCUGGUGCACCUGGUAACCGUGGUGCUUCUGGUCCUUCUGGAGUAAGAGGCGCUAAUGGAGAUGCUGGUCGCCCAGGAGAGGCUGGACUUCUUGGUGCAAGAGGUCUUCCUGGUUUCUCUGGAAGCACUGGCCCUGCUGGAAAAGAAGGUCCUGCUGGUCCCCAAGGUAUUGAGGGUCGUUCCGGUGCUGCUGGUCCAGCUGGCGCUAGAGGUGAACCUGGCAGCAUUGGAUUCCCUGGACCCAAAGGUCCAAAUGGUGAACCUGGCAAGAAUGGAGAAAAAGGAAACCAAGGUUCUGCAGGAAACAGAGGAGCUCCUGGUCCAGAUGGAAACAACGGUGCACAAGGUCCCCCAGGUCUUGCCGGUAAUCAAGGAGAGAAAGGAGAACAAGGUCCAUCUGGUGCCCCAGGUUUCCAGGGUCUGCCAGGUCCCGGCGGUCCUCCAGGAGAAGUUGGCAAACCCGGUGAAAGAGGUAGCCCUGGUGACUUUGGUCCUUCUGGUAUUGCUGGAGUAAGAGGUGAACGUGGUGCUCCCGGCGAGAGUGGAGGACUUGGUCCCCAUGGAGCUCUUGGACCUCGCGGACCAUCUGGUGCUCCUGGUCCUGAUGGAAACAAGGGAGAGCCUGGUGCUGCUGGCAUUAAUGGAGGUGUUGGACCCCCAGGCCCUGGUGGAAUCCCCGGAGAAAGAGGUACAGCUGGACUUCCAGGAUCCAAAGGAGAAAAGGGUGAGAAUGGCAAUACCGGUGACUAUGGUAGCCCAGGAAGAGAUGGAGCUCGUGGUCCCGCUGGUGCUGCUGGUGCUCCUGGUCCAGCUGGUGGUCCCGGAGAUAGGGGUGAAUCUGGUCCCUCUGGUCCUUCUGGACUCGCUGGUUCCCGUGGUGCUCCUGGUGAACGUGGUGAAGCUGGUCCUGCUGGUCCCACUGGUUUUGCUGGACCUCCUGGUGCAGCUGGUCAUUCUGGAGUUAAGGGAGAUAGAGGACCCAAGGGACCCAAAGGAGAACUUGGUGGACCUGGUGCCCUCGGUCCAGCUGGCGCCCACGGACCAGCUGGUCCCAACGGUGCUGCCGGAAGUGUUGGAGCACGCGGUGAUUCUGGUCCCUCUGGUGCAACUGGAUUCCCUGGUGCUGCUGGAAGAGUAGGAGCCCCUGGUCCAUCUGGUGGUGUCGGUCCUUCUGGUUUAACUGGACCUGCUGGCAAAGACGGUCCAAGAGGUCCACGUGGUGACAGUGGCCCAGUUGGGCGCCCUGGCGAGCAAGGUCACGGUGGUCCACAAGGUCUUGCUGGAGAUAAAGGUCCCUCAGGAGAAGCUGGCCAUGUUGGAGCCCCCGGUGCUUCUGGUCCCUCUGGUGUUCUCGGUUCUCGUGGUAUUGUUGGUCUACCUGGUUCAAGAGGAGAACGUGGUCUUCCUGGUGGAGCUGGAAAUAAUGGUGAAGCUGGUCCUUCUGGUCUGGCUGGCUCUGCUGGUGGACGUGGUCCCCCAGGCUCCGUUGGCUCUGCUGGUCCCGUUGGUCAUGCUGGAGAAGCUGGUCGUGAUGGACACCCUGGAAACGAUGGUCCCCCCGGCCGUGAUGGUCUUGCAGGUCCUAAGGGAGAACGUGGUUACCCUGGUAACACUGGCUCAGCUGGUGGUGCUGGACUUCCUGGUGCUCCUGGUACUACUGGUCAAGCUGGUAAAUCUGGAAACCGUGGUGAGCCUGGCCCUCAUGGUAAUACUGGUUCCGUUGGUCCCGCUGGUGCUAGAGGUCCUUCUGGUCCCCAAGGACCUCGUGGUGACAAAGGUGAAGCUGGUACUAUUGGAGCAAGAGGUCGCGAUGGUGGUAAAGGACAUAAUGGUCUACAAGGUCUGCCCGGUCCUGCUGGUACUCCAGGAGAAACUGGUCCCGCUGGUUCAAAUGGUCCAUCCGGUCCACGUGGUCCAGCAGGUCCUUCUGGUCCACCAGGCAAAGAGGGUCGCUCUGGACAUGCUGGCGCCAUUGGCCCCGUUGGUGUUCGUGGUCCCCCUGGCUUCACUGGUCCCGCCGGUCCCCCUGGUCUUCCCGGUCCUCCUGGCCAUCCUGGUACUUCUGGAGGUGGAUAUGACCAUGGUGACCAUGGAGGUGAAUACUACAGAGCUGACCAGCCUGCCCGCAGACCCAAAGAUUAUGAAGUUGAUUCUACCCUGAAAUCUUUGAAUAACCAAAUUGAAACCAUCCUGACACCCGAAGGCUCAAAGAAGCACCCUGCCCGUACCUGCCGUGACUUAAGACUCAGCCACCCUGAAUGGAGCAGUGGAUUCUACUGGAUUGACCCCAACCAAGGUAGCACUUCUGAUGCCAUCAGAGUGUUCUGUGACUUCUCCACUGGUGAGACCUGCAUCCACGCCAACCCUGACAACAUUCCACAGAAGAACUGGUACAUGUCUAGCAACGAUAAGAAGCACGUCUGGUUCGGAGAAACCAUUAACGGUGGCACACAGUUUGAAUACAAUGACGAAGGAAUCACCGCCAAGGACAUGGCCACUCAGCUUGCUUUCAUGCGCCUCCUGGCUAACCAUGCCUCUCAGAACAUCACUUACCACUGCAAGAACAGCAUCGCCUAUAUGGACGGUGAUACUGGCAACCUGAAGAAGGCCAUCCUUCUACAGGGAUCUAACGAUGUGGAACUGAGGGCCGAGGGCAACAGCAGAUUCACCUUCAGCGUCCUUGAGGACAGCUGCACGAAACACACUGGUGAAUGGGGAAGAACCGUCAUCGAAUAUAGAACAAACAAGCCAACCCGCUUACCCAUCCUGGACAUUGCACCUUUGGACAUUGGUGGUGCAGACCAAGAGUUCGGAUUGGACAUUGGCCCAGUCUGUUUCAAAUAGAUGAACAAUUUAAACAAAAACAAAAAACUAACUUAAGAAACAUCCUCUCUUUGCCCUUUCUUUUUUUUUAAUAACAAAAAAAGCUGACUCCUUCCAUUUUUUUAUUUCCAUUCAUUUACGUCCUUAAAUCCUGGGCAAAACAGACAAAUCAAUACGGAGCAUUGUGGUAUGCAAUGAGAGGACAUGGAAGUUUUUCACGAUUUUAACCACCAGUUGUGGGGGAAAAAAAUGUCAGCUUUUGUAAUAAAAAAAAUCCAAAAAUCUAAAUAAAAACCGUGAAAGCUUG